AUGGCAGCCACGACCGAGCCGGCCACUGUACCAGAAGAGCACCCCGAUGCACCUGAGAUCCGGCGACAAGUGGAGUACUACUUCUCCGAUGAGAACCUCCCGAUCGAUCUUCACUUGCUACAAUGCUGUGGCGGCCGCGAAAACCAGCCCGUCUCCAUCUCGCGCAUCUGCGGCUUCAAGAAGAUGCGCGGUUUCAAGCCAAAGUCUAUGGUCCCCGCCGCCCUGCGCAAGUCCGCCUUCCUCGUCGUCUCCGAGGAUGGCAAGCAAGUCAGUCGCAAAGUUGCUCUACGAGGCCCUUGCGCACUCGAUCCAGACUACUUCAAGGACGACGAGAUCGCGUAUGAUCCGAGGGCGCGGGUACCGGCUGUUCAGCCUGUCCCGUUGCUACCGCAGACGAAAGCUGAGUAUCCGGAGGGCAAGAGCAAGAAUAUGAUGAAGCCCACGGGGUUCGAACAUACAUAUGUCGAGCCACCUAUUACUCCAGAUGAGGCCCAGGAAGAGGACGCCAUGUACGAUCCCGACAAGCACUUCGUGGAGCGCAUUGAGAUCGCAAUUCAGCGAUUCAAGCAGAAGAGGCGGAUGCAUGAGCAGUACUCCAACAUUUUCAACAAGUGGAUGCGCUUCGGUGGUGUGGAUAGCGCUCCUCGCAUGUCAUCCUUCUUCCCGGCUCACUACGGCUUCAACCCCCAUCAAAUCAAGACAGCCUGCCAGGUCCUCCGUUCCUUCUACAACUACCUCAUCUACCACUCUGUGUGUCCCGAGUACCGCGACGACCUCGACAAAGCGCGUAAGCUGUGCGACACCGCCGAAAUCGAGUUAUCCAAGUCAUACAAUGCAGGCCUUGCCCUUCCCGGGGCCUUCAACACCGCCGCUAGUACUAUCUUUGGUGGUUCUAAAGCUGGCACUUACACCGGCAACGUGGAGUGGGCCAUCAAACUCAAGGAAGAGGGUGUGGAUCUCCAAGAGACGAGCAGCAAGCCUUGCUCGACAAAAGCUGUCAAGGUGCUGAGGGACGAGUCGUUCAGCCUAGAGGUUGUGACGAUCAGUCCCUCAGACCAGCUUACCCGCGAGAUGUACGCCCGCCAAAACGGGUUCACGGCUUCGAAGCUUCAACUCCAACCCCUCGGUACACUCGUGUGUCGCUCCUUCUACUUGGACGACUUCAAUGAAUAUGAUCUCCCAAAGAACAAAUAUUCGAACGGUCGCCUCUCUAAAUCGGAGGAUGGCAAGCAGUACGAGUUCUGGAUUGAAGACCGCGUGCUGGAGGAGUGCUUUGUGGGCAUGAAGCUUGAUGCGAGGAUCUUGACGCUAGCCGGCGGUAUCACAAUCCUCGAUGACGUGCGAGAAGCCAUGUGCAGCUUCUACAAGUGGCUGCCUAACGAGCUGUGGAUGCAUCGCCACCCGAAGGAGGUGGUGAUUAGGAAGAAGGAUCUGGAUGAGGAGUCGGAGGCAGAUGUUGAAGACGGCGAGGGCGGCGAGAGUAAGUUCGCGGAUGACGAAUCUGUUUACGGGGAGUAG